AUGCUUCUGGGUUCUGCCUUCUUGGUUGCCCUGCUUGGCAUUCCGAGCACCUUCGCCAUCCCGACGCGUGGAGCAGAAAAGUCCAAAUAUAUAGACUGGAAGACUUUCAAAGCCAACGGAGUAAAUCUAGGAGGCUGGCUUGUUCAAGAGUCGACUAUUGACACCACGUGGUGGAACACAUAUUCUGGCGGCGCCGAUGACGAAUGGGGUCUGUGCAAAAACCUCGGAUCUCGUUGCGGAUCUGUUCUGGAAAAGCGUUACGCCUCUUGGAUUACCACGGCGGAUAUCGACAAGAUUGCUGAGUCUGGCGCUACCCUCCUCCGUAUCCCGACCACAUAUGCUGCUUGGAUCCAUUACCCGGGAUCUCAGCUCUAUUCUGGCAAGCAGACUACCUAUCUCCGGGAUAUCACAAAACAUGCGAUCGAAAAACACGGGAUGCAUAUUAUAAUUGAUGUCCACUCUUUGCCCGGUGGUUACAAUGGGUUGACUAUCGGCGAGGCCUCUGGUCAUUGGGGGUGGUUCUAUAACCAAACCAAUCUUGAUUAUUCACUGGAGGUCAUCGACAACAUUCUAUCAUUCAUCCAGGCGUCUGGUCACCCAGAAUCUUUCACCCUCGAGCCGAUGAAUGAGCCUGCCGACAACCGCGACUUGUCUGUAUUCGGAACCCCAGUGGCUCUCUCCGAUGAAGGCGCAGCAUGGGUAUUGAAAUAUAUCAAGGCCGUUCAAAGUCGAGUCGCAUCUGUCAAUCGUAAGAUCCCGAUCAUGUUCCAAGGCAGCUUCAAAAGCGUGAACUACUGGUCUGUCAACUUCUCCCAGAGCGACAACCUCGUCUUUGAUAAGCACAAUUACUAUUUCGAAGGCCGCAACACCACCUCCGAAAAUCUCCCAUCUUAUAUUUGCACAGACGCAAAGGCUACCCCGGGCGAUGGAAAGUUCCCAGUGUUUGUCGGCGAGUGGUCGAUUCAAGCCUUAUACAACAACAGCUUUGUGCUGCGUGAGCGCAAUAUAAAUGUUGGACUGGCUGCCUUUCACAAAUACGCACAUGGUUCCUCCUAUUGGACGUGGAAGUUUUCUGGGAACGCGACCGUCGGAGGAGAAGGCACACAGACAGACUACUGGAACUAUGAGGAAUAUGUUAACCGCGGAUUUGUGCACCCGAAGAACGGUGAUGUGACAUUCUGCCGGUAG